AUGUCGAACCUCUUGAAGAAACCAGUCAAGCUCGCCUUGGUGCAACUCGCCUCCGGCGCAGACAAAAGCCAGAACCUUGCGCAUGCCCGAGAAAAGGUCCUUUCUGCUGCAUCUGCUGGCGCCAAUAUUAUCGUGCUGCCAGAAUGCUUCAAUUCGCCAUACGGAUGCGACUAUUUCUCCUCAUACGCUGAGACGCUUCUGCCCCCCCCACCCACGAAGGAGCAGUCACCCUCAUUCCAUGCCUUAUCUACCAUGGCCGCGGACGCGAAGACAUAUCUGGUUGGAGGAUCGAUUCCCGAACUGGACACGGCCACAAAGAAAUACUAUAACACAUCUUUGACGUUCUCACCGGAAGGGACGCUGCUGGCUACACAUCGAAAGAUACACCUAUUCGAUAUCGAUAUCCCAGGCAAGAUUAAGUUCAAGGAAUCAGAAGUCUUGUCUCCUGGAAACAAGGUUACCAUCGUUGAUCUGCCAGAGUAUGGAAAGAUUGCCGUAGCCAUCUGCUAUGAUAUCCGGUUCCCGGAGCUUGCUAUGAUAGCCGCGAGGAAAGGGUGCUUUGCAUUGAUUUACCCGGGGGCUUUUAACACGACGACUGGACCAUUGCACUGGAAGCUUCAAGGGCAGGCGAGGGCCCUGGACAACCAACUCUACGUCGCGUUGUGCAGCCCGGCGAGGGAUGUGAAUGCUAGCUACCAUGCCUGGGGCCACAGCCUGAUUUGCGAUCCGAUGGCGGCGGUGAUGGUCGAGGCCGGAGAAUCGGAAGAGACCGUCUUCUCGCUUCUGGACGGGGCCAAAAUUGGGGAGGCCCGAGAGGGCAUCCCUAUCUACAGACAGAGAAGAUUCGACGUCUACCCCGAUGUUGCCACGGGCACUGCAACAUUUGAGGACGAGGGACGAGCGCAGAGACUGGGAUGA